AUGAUGGAAAAUAAUGGAUGGGAUUCAAGAAUAUGUAGUCCUAUAACUAGAAUAAAACAUGCGCAUGAACAUAAUUUAUCUUACUAUGCUAAGUGUAUGUUCGGUGGUGUGUUGUCUUGUGGAUUAACGCAUACAGUUAUUACGCCAUUAGAUGUAACGAAAUGUAGGAUUCAGAGUUACCCAUUAAUAUAUAAAAAUUUAUUUCAAAGUAUAAAGAAAAUAAUAAAAGAAGAAAAGUUUAGAAGUUUGUCAUUAGGAUGGUCUCCAACUCUUGUAGGUUACUCGCUGCAGGGAUUGUUUAAAUUUGGUUUUUAUGAAAUAUUUAAGGAUGUAUAUUCGAAUUAUUUAGGAGAACAAUAUUCAUAUAAAUAUAAAGGAGUAACAUGGCUACUUGCAUCAGCUUCAGCUGAAUUUGUAGCGGAUAUAUUUUUAUGUCCAUUUGAAAUGAUAAAAGUUAAAAUGCAAACGAGUAAAGUAAAUACAUUUCCUAAUAAAUUAUUUGCGUCUACUACUUAUAUGUUAGCAAACAAAAGCGAAACGAAGUUUCCAUUUGGUAGUGUCACACCUUUAUGGUGUCGUCAGAUUCCAUAUACUAUGGCUAAAUUUUAUUUUUUUGAAAAAAUAGUUCAAUUAAUGUAUGAUAAAGUAUUUACAAAGCCUAAGAAUACUUAUUCUGAUACAACUCAAUUAGGUAUAACAUUUGCUUCAGGAUAUUUAUCAGGAAUUAUAUGUGCACUUGUUUCACAUCCUGCAGACAAUAUGAUAUCUCAAUUAGGAAAAGUAGAAAAUAAGGGUAAAGGUGUAUCAUGUAUUGUCAAGGAAAUGGGAGUGUUUAAUUUAUUUACAAAAGGAAUAUGUACAAGAGUUUUAAUGAUAGGAACAUUAACAGGUUUACAAUGGUGGAUCUAUGAUACUUUUAAGGCUACUAUGGGAUUAGGCACAUCCGGUGGUGGGUCAGCUGUUAAAAAAUGA